ACACGUAACAAACAUGAAGUUAGAGCAAUGUUUGACGGAAAAGAGCGCGAAUCAAAAACUUAUGAAUAUCCAGUACGCCGUGCGAGGACCGAUAGUGGAGCGUGCGCUGCAGAUCGAGAGGGAACUUGAGAAAGGUGUGAGUAAGCCAUUCAAUCGCGUGGUGCGCGCAAACCUCGGUGACGCUCAUGCGCUCGGUCAGAAGCCUUUCACUUUCAUAAGACAGGUGUUAGCGUUAGUCGCGUGUCCCGAACUGACGACGUCACCCGACAUCCCCGAUGACGUCAAGGAACGCGCUAAAGAAAUUCUCGAAGAUUGCGCCAAAGGUUCAGUUGGCGCGUACUCCCCGCCAGGAGGGCUGCGCCUGGUGCGCAGGCGCGUGGCGCAGUACGCGAGCGCGCGCGACGGUGUGCGAGCGUCGCCCGAGCACGUGUACCUCGGCGCAGGCGCCUCCGAUCUCAUCAAAACUGUGCUCUCUUUGUUCGUACAAGAUGUCGAUGGGAAACCACCAUCGGUAAUGGUCCCUAUACCACAGUAUCCGCUCUUUUCGGGAACCCUUUCGGAAUUAGGAUUGCGUCAAGCGAAUUAUUAUUUGGACGAGGAAAAUAACUGGGCGUUAAAGAUCCAGGAGUUAGAGAGAUGCUGGCAAGAAGCUAGCGUAGAUAGUAGCGUGCGAGCGCUGGUCGUUAUAAAUCCUGGAAACCCCACAGGACAGGUGCUUUCGAGAGAAAAUAUUGAGGAAAUAAUAAGAUUCGCGUAUGAUCACGAUCUCUUCAUAUUGGCUGAUGAGGUCUAUCAAGAGAACAUUAUUUCCAAGCCCUUCCAUUCCUUCAAAAAGGUGAUGCAUGAAAUGGGCGCGCCGCACAGCAGCAUGGAGCUGGCGAGUUUCAGCACGGGCUCGAAAGGCUGGGCGGCCGAGUGCGGCCUGCGCGCUGGGCUCGUGGAGCUGCCGCGACUCGACGCCCGCGUGCGCGCCGCCUUCGAGGCCACGCGCGGCCUGCAGCAGUGCCCCUCCGUGCUCGGCCAGUGCGCGCUGGACUGCGUCAUGCAGCCGCCGCGGCCGGGCGAGGCGUCGUUCGAGAGCUGGUCGCGCGAGCGCGCCGCCGUGCGCCGCGCGCUGGCCGGGCGCGCCGCCGCCGCCGCGCGGGCGCUCAACGCCAUCCCGGGGUACUCCUGCAACCCCAUCGAGGGCGCAGUGUUCGCAUUCCCUCGCGUGGAGCUGCCGGCGCGCGCGCAGCACGCCGCGGCCGAGAUGAACGUCUCUGCGGACGAGUUCUACUGCCUGCGUCUGUUGGAGGAGACAGGUAUUUGUGUAGUCCCGGGUUCGGGGUUCGGUCAGCUACCGGGCACUUUUCACUUUCGCACCACCAUCCUGCACCAACAGGACGAGUUCGAGUACAUGAUGGACUCCUUUCGAAAAUUUCACAUUGACUUCCUCAAUAAAUACUCGUAAUAACACAUAAAAAAUGUCGACAAGAUUUUUCAUGUUUUAUGUGUCGAACUCUAUCUAUAUCUAAAACGGAAGUGACACAAACAGGUUUGAACUCAAGUGUCUCUAUACGAAUUCAAAUUUCUCACAAUACAGUAAGCUAACAUUAGUGAUACCUACUUAGUUCGUAAGAGGCUCUCUC